AGUAUGAAAACGAGAUCUUACCAAUGUGAUAAGAAUAUGUUUUAUAUCAUCUUCAUUACGCAAAACAAGACAGAUAACCUUCCUGAAACGUGCAGCGCAAUCUUCGUAGUAAGAUUUAUUGACCCCGGAAGUGAUUAACUACAUGCUCUUUACUGUGUUCAUAUUUGCGUUGAAACUGCGCAGAAUUUAAGUCUGCAAUUGAUGAGCUGGACUGUUCUCCAUUGUUCCACCGAGUUGAUGGAGCCAUGAAUUAAUCACGCCGUUAUGAUGACCUGGUCUCCCGCAGUCUCGAGCUUCUUCUACACGAUUUACACGUAAUUCAAAGGAAGACGAGGAAUAUGUCGACUUAUUACCAGUUGAAGCCUUCAAGCCAACAAGAUAAAUAACAAACAUGGGGACAAACAACGCAACACGGGGGAAAUGAGGUUACCUCCAUCCGUUUAAAAAAGAAAAAAGAUACUUUCAACGGCAAUAAUGAGUGACCAUUACAAACGUUCUUUGCUGGAGAAGCAAAUGGCCAUGAAGCAACAUCAAACUAUUUCCACACAAUUGGCCUGUUUUAGCAUGACAUUGAGGAGUCCUGUGGUGAUACUUCGAAGAUUAUCGAAUGCGGUGGAAAAAACUCUUCUGAGUGAAACUAAAGUGCGUCUGGUCAAGGUGGACGCUGAUGCCGGGACAGAUGAAGACAACAAUGGAGUCUCUUCUCCGCAAUUCUUUCCAUGUCCACACUGCACCAUCUCCUUCACUGACUGUUACUUCCUGGAGAAUCACAUCAAGACCAAACACAAGAAGGAGUACCUGGCUGUGCUGAAAAGCCACAUUUCAAAGAGUAAAACAGUGCACGCGCCAACACAUCGGUGCUCUCACUGCAGCUGCACAUUCUAUACCUCACUGCAACUUAACAUCCACACCCGUCAGGUCCAUCCCUCAACCCUUCCCCAGAAACCCCCUCGCCUCCCCAGGGUUCCAGGGAAACUCCACCCCUGCCCGCAGUGUGCUCGUAGAUUCCCGUACUUGGGCACGUUGUUGAAGCACUGCAAGAAUUUGCACCAAAUGUCAGUUUUUCGCACCAACGGACACAUCAGUUGCACCGAUUGUGGGAAGAGCUUUGAGAAUUGCUGGGGACAAGGGCCACACCGAUGUAAUGAACCUGAGGGCUCCGCAGCUAUGGACACUAAGCCUGUGGUAUGUCUGGAAGUGGGCUACCACUGCUCAGAGUGUGGCAAGAUCCUCAGUACUCCUACGGGCCUGAAAACGCACAUGCGCAUUCACACUGGAGAGAAGCCUUACGAGUGCAAAGAGUGUGGCAAACGCUUCUCGGAGAACAGCGGCUACCGUUAUCACAUGUUAAUACACUCUGGACUCAAGCCCUUCCAAUGCCAGGACUGCGGGAAGGCUUUUAAACAGAUUUCCCUCCUCUGGACUCACCUGACUGUUCACACUGGUGAGAGAAAGUUCUCCUGCACCCAGUGCGACAAGCGCUAUGCAAGCAAGUCAUAUCUAAAGCUUCACCUGCGUACACAUUCAGGGGAGAGACCUUUCAAAUGCACCGUGUGUGGUAAAGACUUUGCCGACAAAGUGUAUCUGAAAACGCACUUGAAAAUCCACAGCAACGAGAAAAACUAUCACUGUGGGGUUUGUGGGCGGAUGUUCAUGAGGCUUGGGUUGUUAAAAUUACACAUGCGCUCUCAUACUGGGGAGAGGCCCUACCACUGCACAGUUUGCGACAAUACAUUUUUCCGGCUCUCGCAUCUGAGGAACCAUCACCGGACCCACACAGGUGAGAAACCGUACACCUGCACAGAGUGCGGUAAAAGCUAUACUCAGUCUGGAGAUCUGGCCAAACACAAGCUCCUCCACACAGGGGAGAAGCCAUUUCAAUGUCCCGAAUGCCCCAGCCGGUUCAACCGUUCUGGUUCACUGACCAGUCACAUGAGGACUCACACUCACCGGGAUCUGAGGCCGUACUCCUGCCAAGAAUGUGGGAAGAGCUUUUAUGAACCGAGUCACGUCAAAGUCCACAUGAAGAUCCACAUGGGGGAGCGACCGUAUCCCUGCCCCCACUGCCUUUUUGGCUUCACUCGGAAAGCACACCUCACCAAACACCUGCCUAGAUGUCCAAAAUUGAGUAUUACAUAGUUAUAGAACACAUUAUUGAACAUCAUUAAUAGAUCAUAGUAAACAAAUGUAUUUAAUGAAACACGACUGCAUGCCUGCUCCUGGUAAUAACUGACAAUAAAGAUGUAACAUUGUAUAUCAA